CUCAAUCGCUCUCCAGUGUGUUUUGGGGCCAAAGGUGACAAGUCUGGAAACUUCAGCGCUCCAGCUGGAAAGUUAGCUGCCAUAAAGCUGGUUUAUCUGUACGGUUAUGUAUCCUGCAGCACCCUUGUGUCUUCCUAUUGGUCUUACUGGGGCUGCGGUGUCGAUCCAAGGAACGCAAAAAACACUCAACGACAAGUCAACGUUGUCAUAACAAACUCAAGCAAUCACUUUCUACUGCCACCAAAUCAGUUCAUCAGCGAUGUAACCAUGAAGUGGUACACGAUUCCUGGGUAUAACUCCCUCUCACCUGAGCUUGUUCUGUCAGUUUUCUUGAAUCCUAUAAGCUUGUCUUUCAAUCAAGUGUUAUGUCUGUGGUACGGUGAAGAUCUGGCGAAUCACAAAGAGCAGGGAGACAACGGGGGAAGAGUUUGCGCUGAUGUUUAUUCUACCUACGAUUGA